AUGGGGAAAGAAAAGCAUGCAAAAUUAAAUAGACCAAUACCAGAAAACAUUGAAGAACUCUGGAAAGUAGGGGCCUUGGAUGCUUUUAUGAAAACUACUUCACUUAUGACUAUGUUAUUGGAAAAUACAGGUCUUAUAAGAUAUGAUGAAUUAUUUUCCACAUUAGUGAAAAUGAACUAUACACAACCAAUUUCAGAUGAAAAUGUUACAGUGACAGAUACAACCUUUAGUGACAUUCCAGCAUGUUUGCACUUUCCAAAGAGGAAGUCAAAAAGCCAGAUAACUGUAAUUUUUAUUCACAGUGGUGUGUUUGCUUUGGGAAGUUGUAAUGUCGUUUUUGCGGUCAAAUUCUUUCUACAGGAUAAAACUCUCACAAAAUAUGGAGUGGACCCUGCACGAAUCUAUAUUUCAGGUGAUAGUUCUGGGAGUGCUUUGACAGCAAUUGUGACUCAACAGAUGUCUACAAAUGAUACAGAAUUUAACAAUAAAAUUAAGGCACAAGCUUUACUUUACCUUGGCUUACAUAUAGUUGAUUUCUUCAUGCCAUCUCACCAAGAAUAUGAACAUGGUCUGGUUCUGUCAAGGGAAAUGGCAAUUAAAAGAAUACCCCAAGCAAUAAUAAAAAAACAACAUAUGCUUCAUGAAUCAAGACAUCUGUUCAAGUAGGUUAGCUGGAGUACUCUCCUUCCCAAGAAAUAUAGAUAAAAACAUAUAUGUACUGAACCAAUUCUUGGGAGACUUAACUCUUCAUAUCCAGCACUUUUGGAUACUAGGUUAUCACCCUUGGCAGUCAAUGAUUCCCAGUUACAAAAUUUGCCAUUAACUUAUAUCCUCACCUGUCAAUAUGAUAUCCUAAGAGAUGAUGGACUUAUACGGCUUCAAAAUGUUGACGUUAAAGUUACACAUGACCAUAUAGAAGAUGGAAUCCAUGGAUCAAUAUCAUUCAUGACAUUACCAAUUUUUUUAUGUCUAGGCAUUAGAAUAAAAGAUAAGUAUAUUAGUUGGCUAGAAGAAAAUCUAUAA